AAAUUACCGCUAAGUUUCACAGGUAUUUCUUUAGGACUAGGGAUGACUGUGACAAACUUGAGACUGUAUGCCCCGUUUGAAGGGUGGUGCUGUUAUCUGCUAUAGCCAAUUAUUACUCUGAAGAAAUUCUGGCUGAAUUAUAUUAAAAUAGGCUGGUAUUAAGGAAAAUAUACAUUGUUUAUUAACAUAAAGGAAUACUGUAAGAUCUUAAGAAUUUUUACAACCAAUGCCAAAAAUCCAUAUUAUUCAUGUGUAUAAUCCUUUAUUUUGAAUAAAAUUGUAAAUUAUCUCAGGACAGAUAAUUUAUGUUUUUUCUCCUUUUCUCCAGUUAUGCAACAAAACACAAGAGCUAGGCUCUUCAUUAUAUAAUUACUCAGAAUUCUGAAAACUCCCACUGUUACUACUUAGACACAUUGCCUAACCUCCACAGUGAGACUCAUUUUAUUCCUCGAUGAGGGAGUUUGGGGGCAUGCGUGCUGGUCAUGCAGAUAUCUGUCUGUCAUUUCAGGGGUCAGUGACAUUCAGAGAUGUGGCCAUAGACUUCUCCCAGGAGGAGUGGAAAUGGCUUCAACCUGCUCAAAGAGAUUUGUACAGAUGUGUAAUGUUGGAGAACUAUGGCCAUCUGGUCUCACUGGGUCUUUCCAUUUCUAAGCCAGAUGUGGUUUCUUUAUUGGAGCAAGGGAAAGAACCCUGGCUGGGGAAAAGGGAUGUGAAAAGAGAUCUGUUUUCAGUUUCAGAGUCAAGUGGUGAGAUCAAAGACUUUUCACCAAAAAAUGUCAUUUAUGAUGACUCAUCCCAGUAUUUGAUCAUGGAAAGAAUUCUAAGUCAAGGCCCUGUGUAUUCCAGUUUUAAAGGAGGCUGGAAAUGCAAGGAUCAUACUGAGAUGCUGCAAGAAAAUCAGGGAUGUAUUAGGAAAGUAACAGUCUCUCAUCAAGAAGCCCUGGCUCAACAUAUGAAUAUCAGUACUGUGGAGAGGCCCUAUGGAUGCCAUGAAUGUGGAAAAACUUUUGGUCGACGCUUUUCCCUGGUGUUACACCAGAGGACUCAUACUGGAGAGAAACCAUAUGCAUGUAAGGAAUGUGGCAAAACCUUUAGCCAGAUUUCAAACCUUGUGAAACAUCAAAUGAUACAUACUGGAAAGAAACCCCAUGAGUGUAAGGACUGUAAUAAAACAUUCAGUUACCUUUCAUUUCUUAUUGAACACCAGAGAACGCACACUGGGGAGAAACCUUAUGAAUGUACUGAGUGUGGAAAGGCCUUUAGCCGUGCUUCCAACCUCACUCGACAUCAGAGAAUUCACAUAGGAAAGAAACAAUAUAUAUGUAGGAAAUGUGGGAAAGCAUUUAGCAGUGGCUCAGAACUCAUUCGCCACCAGAUUACACAUACUGGAGAGAAACCUUAUGAAUGCAUUGAAUGUGGGAAGGCAUUUCGCCGUUUCUCACACCUUACUCGACAUCAGAGCAUCCAUACAACCAAAACCCCGUAUGAAUGUAAUGAGUGUAGGAAAGCUUUCCGUUGUCACUCAUUCCUUAUUAAACAUCAGAGAAUUCAUGCUGGAGAAAAACUCUAUGAAUGUGAUGAAUGUGGUAAAGUUUUCACUUGGCAUGCAUCCCUUAUUCAACAUACAAAGAUUCAUACUGGAGAGAAACCCUAUGCGUGUGCUGAAUGUGAUAAAGCCUUCAGCCGGAGCUUUUCCCUCAUUCUACAUCAGAGAACUCAUACUGGAGAGAAACCCUAUGUAUGUAAGGUAUGCAACAAAUCCUUCAGCUGGAGCUCAAACCUUGCUAAACAUCAGAGAACACACACUCUUGACAACCCCUAUGAAUAUGAAAAUUCAUUUAAUUACCACUCAUUCCUUACUGAACACCAGUGAAUUUACACUGCAAAGAAAAACUAUGAAUGUAUGGAAUUUUUUAAAAAAGUAUAAUGCCUUACUUUUACUUCAGAGAACUCUUGGAAAGAAGCCUUAUAUGAAAGUGAUGACUGUGAAGUAAUAUGGCCCACACUUUAUUCAACAUCCUGGAGAAAAAAAACCCAGGAAUAUGUGGAAAAGCCAUUAAUAACCACUUUUUUUUUUUUUUGCAAUAACAAGGUGAAAUCAGUAUUGUUGAGAAGAUUCUUCCAUCUGGUAAUGUUGAGAAGACUUCAUUUGGUAGGAUUCCCUUACUCUACGUGUGUAAAUUCCUACCAGGAAAGAAUACAUAUACAAUAGAUUGGAGAAAGCCAGAGAUUAGCCCUCAUUCUGCAUCUGUCAGCCAGGACAGAAUGCAUGGGCAAGGGAUGAGCUUUACAAAGAUGUACUUUGGAGAUCAGAAAAUUCAUGUUUAGGCAAAGUGAUACAAACACAGUGAUUUGGGAAUGCCUUCAUUUACAAUGCAAUACUUAAAUUUUAAUACUCUUGUAGGAGAAAAAAGCAACUGUAUAAAUGAAUGUAGAGUGACUUUCUGCAAUAUUUCAAACCUAUAUCAGAGAAUUACACUGUGGGAAAACUACCAUUGUAAUGAGUGUAGCAAAAUCUUAGAUAUCUGAAAAGUCAUACUGGAUGGAAUCUGUGGGAAAGGGUUCUAUUUUGAGGGAAGGGGGAUUGCUUUUUUUAAAGUGAAUUCAGAAAAUGUUAUAAAUAAAUCUUUUGGCUUAUUAUAAACCUUCUACUUGCUGAUUUUUCCCCACAGCAUGUGAUUCUGAAAAUGUAACUACAAUACUGACAUAAAAAAUAAAGAGUAGUUUUUUUUUGUUGAAACAUACAAA